CGAGGAGGGGGGACGGGGAGGAAGACGGGAGGAGAAGGGGAGACAGGAGUCCGCAGCGUGAGUUGGCUGAGUAAUAAGCAAGAGGGGAACCCAGCAUGGAUGCAGCUAGUUUGUGCAACAGCAGAUCAGGUUGUCCUGGAUCCUACAGAUGCUUCACGGGACGCUGAGGACGAGGACGAGCCAACAUGUCAGUCUCCAUGGUAACGGACCCAUACCCGUCCAGUGGCUGGUCCGCGGUCUCUGUGACCCCGGCGGGUACCAACGUAACAGACUGGGAGCGUGACGCCGUCCUGGCGGUGGCCGAGGUGGUGGUGCUGGCCAUCAUCUUGGUGCUGGCGCUGCUCGGCAACGGGCUGGUGCUUGUGGUGUUGCUAAGGCGGAGAGGACAACACAACCCGCUGCACCAGUUCAUGCUCAACCUCUGUCUGGCCGACCUGGUGGUGGCGCUGUUCCAGGUGUUGCCCCAGCUGGUGUGGGAUGCUAAAGGCCGCUUCCCUGGCCCGGACUUCCUUUGUCGCCUGGUGAAAUACCUGCAGGUCCUCGGGAUGUUCGCCUCCUCCUACAUGAUCGUAGCCAUGACAAUGGACCGGCACUACGCCAUCUGCUGGCCCCUGCAGGCGCACCGCAGCGGCGCCACCCAACGCUGGAACAGCUUCAUCCUGCUGGCAUGGGGGCUGUCCCUGCUGCUCAGCCUGCCACAGGUUUUCAUCUUCUCCCGUUCAGAAGUGGCUCCAGGUGUCUACGAGUGUUGGGGCAACUUUGCUGAGUCGUGGGGCCUCAAAGCCUACGUGACCUGGAUGACCCUGGCUGUCUUCAUCCUCCCUGCCCUCGUCAUCACCGUCUGCCAGGUGCGAAUCUUCAUGGAGAUCCACAACAGUCUGCACCUGAAGUCCGAGCGCCGCCUGUCCCCCGCCUCCCUCUCUCCAGCCAAACGGGACUGCCAGAGAGCGGGAGGAGGAGACAGCCGAGGGACGUCCAGUCUCUCCCUGUAUGUUUCACCACUCGUGUUCAAGAACCCCAGAACUGACACCAGCUUGGACCCUGGAUCCAUCUGUCAGCACCUGCCCAUGGGUCAACUGGGGGCCAACAGCAUCAUGUCACAUUGUGAUCUUCACACAUACACUGUUCACCCAGUUGAGUUGAAGCCUGAUGUGAUGCCUGGCCCUGUAGCGGCCUCUGCUGUACGCUGCCGUUUGCCCAAAGCCCCCCCAGCCCGUGGUGGAGAGGUAUCAGCGGCCAUGUCAAAGACAGUGAAGAUGACGCUGGUCAUAGUGCUCGUCUACUCGCUCUGCUGGGCCCCGUUUUUCAGUGUCCAGCUGUGGGCCGCCUGGUACCCAGACCCAUCUCAGAAUGGUGCAGUGUUCACCCUGCUGAUGCUGCUGGCCAGUCUAAACUCGUGCACCAACCCUUGGAUCUACUCGGCCUUCUCCAGCAGCGUCUCCCCGGAGCUCCGCCUGCUGCUGCUCUGUCGCACCGCCUCACAGCGCCGGGGCUCGUUACCCAACGACUCCACCACUAGCGUUACACACAACUCCAACUGCUGAACAAUAACUACAUACUGAGACAACACAGUCAAAUGCAAAAUUCUGUAAUGAUGGGACACGUGAAUGAAAAGUCUGCAUAUUGUACCAUCUAUACAGUGUGCUACAAAACUAUAGCGCUUACUUUUCCACAUUGUUAUUUAAAGAAUAGUCUUCGACCUUUUGGGAAAUACACUUAACGCUUUCUAGCGGAGAGUUGCCUUUUAAUUGCCCAAGUCCUCGGUAGUCUUGUGGACGCCGAUUUAGGGUACUUGAACCUGUCCCUCUCCACCGAGGACUCGUUGAUAUGACUGGUCUAGUCUGUUAUUUUUUCAAGAAAGAGCUAAGCUAGCUCGUCGGGUGAAGUUAGCUAUAUAAGCGCGUAGCUAGCUAGCUAGUAGCUAACUAAUACGGCGAAUUCUUUUUUGUUUUGUUUUUAAACUUAGCUAGCUAGCAUUUGUAGGAAUUAAACAAACGAAAUAUAACUUAUUAAUUACCUAGUGAGCGUGGUGGGAGUAGGAUUUAGCUCACAAACAAGUUCAUGUUAAAUCUCGUUAGUAUUUAACACAAAAGUCUAAAAAUUAAAAAAACUUGUUUUUAUGUUGUGACGGAGUCUUGGCCCGACUUCCCAGAGAAAGAUUUACCACCUACCAGCACUUCUGACCAAUCUCUCAAGUUUACACAUUAACACAUUUUAUCUCAGGUAUAUUAAUCCGAAGAAAAAACUAUGUUUUAAGGAAGAUACACAGCUUAAAGAGACAUUUGUACCGGACUUUUUAUUGUCUUAACCGUCCGUUGCGAAGCAACCAGCAGAUGCUCCAACGUUAGCACUAGCUAGGCUGUAACUGCUCUUAUCCAAGAAAUAGUCGGGUACAUAACCCACGUAAAAACGUCAUGUUGGCGAUUUUAUACUUUUGUUUCGUACGGAGUAAUAUAAAGUUAUAAGUAAGAUAAACAAUUUGAAUUAGUUUAGAGGUACUGGUAACGCUAGGGUUUAUCUUGUCUGAAUAAUUUGCAGACAAAACCAAAUUAUUUCUUCAAGGAAGUCACUACCAGCCAAGAAAUAAUCUGACACAAACCCACAUAUAAAGCCACGUUGUUAAGUUUUUUAAAAUGUAAAUAUACACACACACGAAACAAUAUAUAUCGUGCCAAUAAUGUGCUUUUGAGGUGCUAGGAUGAUUUUGCUACAUUUGAUAGUGCCUGAAUAGCAGUUUUCAGUGAGCUAAUCGGAUGCUAGCAUAGUAGCAUCAUAUUGAUCCCUGAGCAAAGAAGCAAAUGACAAACAAGGCUAAUCAUAUUUUCCACAAUGUCAAACUAUUUCUUUAAGUACAGAGUGUAGAUACAAACUACUGUAAUACAUUUUAUCAAAUGUAAUUGCUCUAAAUGCAUGUUUGGGAAAUUUCUUCUUCAACAGAACAUAACAAAUGGGAUGUUUUAAAAAACAUUUAUUCAUUCUCUCAACAGCCAUUAAAACAGUCAUACACACCAAAAAAACUGCUACAACUAAAAAAAACAAAAAACAACCAUUUUCCAGAAACGUCACACAAUUUGUUUUUGUACACAAAGAUGUGCUGUGGCUAUGCAGUACCGUUUUCAAAAGCCCCCGCACUGGGGAAAUGUGUUUCAAUUAAAUGGUUUAGUUGCUGUCUUUCAAAGAGUCACCUUUCUUUUACAAAUAUUUGUAUAAAAAGGCAAAAUAACUGAAGGUUUUAGUCAGAGUAAAUCAAAGUCACCUGUUGAGUAACUAUAUAAUAUACCCAUAAUGUGAUAAGAGUCAGUCUGCUGGAUCUGAAGGAGAACCAGGGUCCAGAGCAGGGGAAUGAGGACCUACUGAGCCAGCAGGCCUGUCUCCGGCUAUUUUCUCUACUCCUUCCCCUCAAAUAUGAACCUGUCCACUCAGAAAUGUUCUUAAAAUUCACAUCCAUAUACAGGUGGCUACUUAAGGUGGAACGAGAGAGAAACUAUUCUCUCAUUGGUACCAACAAGCUUCUGUCAAAAUCAAAUACUUUUAGACAACAAUUUAACACUUUUAUCAAUUAGUUUGAAAACGAAUACAUUUGGUCAGUAAAGUUACUAAAUCCUCUUUCAAACAAACAAGUACCAUACAGUGUAAACACACUCUUUAACACAUUCAUUAAAAAA